AGAUUCUAAAGAUGAGAAGCUAAGAAAACUGCAAGCCCAUACUCAAAUGGUCCGCAUGCUGAUAGACGAUAGCGAAAAUCUUUUCAUCUUGAAGGGUAAACAUGCUCAGCUCCAACAUGAUAAAGCUGCUUUAGAAAAGAAAAACGAAGAGCUGUGGAGAAAUAACGAAUCCCUACAGAGAGAGGUCGAGGGUUUCCUAAAGAUGAGAGAGGAAGUCCUACCUUUAGUUAACGCCAUGGGUAUCAUGAAACCUGUUGGAGCAGGCGCUCCUAGAGGUCCGGGCCCACAACAAAUGCAGCCUGGGCCACCGCCAAUGCAAGCUGGACCGCCCCAGCAAAUGGUGGCUAGACCACCACCUCCACAGGGUGCCCCUACUCAACGAAGACCAUCACAGCCUGGCCCCCCUGGCCCCCCAAGGAGAUAAUCCUUACAUAACAUACCGGACUUAAAGUUUUAACAUACAACAGACAAUGAUUAAUGGGCUUCGAAUUCUAUAUUGACACCAAACAUACGAUAAUAGACGGCAUAUUUUAAUUUUAACCAAUCAAAAUGACGAAGACACUGCAUUUAUGACUUUUACGCAAAUAUGACUUUUACUUGAAGUUGUACGUAUUUUAUCCUAUUAAUUAAAUUCAAUCAUGAAUGAUGAAAUAAAUAUAUAGAUUUAAAGUUGAAAUAUGUGUUUGCAAUAAAAUAGUUUUGCCCUCAUAUUUCCAUGUCGUCGUGUCUUAUUUUAUUGAAAGUCAUAAGUUCUGAGUUUGUUUGAGUAUUUCAACAUUAAGGUAAAACAUUUAAAAA